AUGAGCAAGUACAGCGAAGAGGAGAAGGCAGCCUUCCGUGCGGAGGAAGACAAGAAAAUAGAGGACAUGAAGGUCCGUCUGUUGGCGGAGGGGCGGGAAGUCGACUACGAGCUGCACGACGACUUCACACUCCGGCGCUUCCUGCGUGCCCGUGGAGGCGACCUCGACAAGGCCUACGACAUGUUCACGGCGAGUCUCCAGUGGCGAAAGGAACAUGGCGUGGACACGAUCCGCGAGACAGCUCCGCGAGACAACAAGAACUUUGCUCUUCUCGUGAAGUACUGGCCUGGUCGCAUGUACAAAACCGACAAGACCGGAGUUCCUGUGUACUAUGAACGCAUCGGUGCCGUGGACGUCAAGGGCUUGGUGAGCUCUGUUCCCGCUGAAGACAUCACUUCGUUCCACAUCCACCAGCAAGAGGAAGCCCGAGCCCUUAAGCAGCGCCUGAGUAAAGAGGCGGGCAAGUCGAUGUACGCAAACAUCGUGGUCGAGGACCUUGCGGGGUUGGGGAUGAGCCACAUGUACACGCCCGGCAUCGAUCUGUUCAAGAAGAUCAUCGCCAUGGACCAAAACAACUACCCCGACACGCUGAAGGUCAAGAUCAUGGGCGGAGAUUACAAGGACGCUUUGCUUGAGGUCAUUGACGAGGAGAACCUGCCGGAGGAGUACGGCGGCAAGAGCACCUGCGAGGGAGGCUGCGUGCCGGGUGGCGGCAAGUUUUGCGAUCAGAAGGACGACGGGACGUCGUACAAUCCCCUGCAAGCCACCGUCGGCCGGAAGGAUACGUUUGAGGCCAAGCUGAACAUUGAUAGGGAAGGAAGCACGCUCUCCUGGGAGUUCAGCACCAAGAGCCACGACAUCGGCUUUGGUGUCUUUUACUCCCCUGAUGGAGAAGCCAAGAACCGCGAGACGGUCGUGGGAUCGGAACGAUUCAAUGCCCACGAGAGCACGGUGCAGGGUCACCUUGUCGCCAAGAGGGCCGGCACCUACAUCCUGCAAUGGGACAACACCUACUCGUACAUGAAGAGCAAAGCCCUCACCUACCAGAUUUUCAUCAGCCCGCCCAGCGAAAGCGACACCACGGCCUAG